CAGAACAAAACCGAGCGUCACGCCUCGCCCAAACUUCUCCGGAAAGGCGACGAGAAAGGAAUCGCGGCCUCCACCCACCCAUUCCCAUCCACCUCCCCCCCCCCCCCUCGUCCCGAUCUCAUCUCGGUGGCGGCGGCGGCACCGCCGCGCCGAGGCAGAUGGCCGGCCGGCGGGAGACCCCCCUAAUGCGUGGCAGCGGGCAGCCGCUGUCGCGCGGGUCCCGGAUCGCCGCGGCGGUCGCGGUGGGCGUCGCGCUCGGCUGCCUCUGCGCGUUCCUCUACCCCGACGGCCUCCUCUCCCGCUCCCCCGACGCCGCCCUCCGUUGGCCUCACCGGAUUGAUUCAGUUGCUUGUGAUACAUCUGGGGAAGUUGCCAAGCUAAAGUCACAGCUAAUCUCAUUACAAAGAAAAAAUGCUGAAUUUAGGAAGAAGAUCAAUGAACUAUCAAUGAAGCUUCAGUUGGCUGGACAAGGGAAGGACAAGGUUCUGUAUAAGGCUGGUCUUUUUGGUACAGUGAAGGCUCUGAGAACAAACCCAACAGUUACUCCUGAUGAGUCCCUCAAUCCCAGAUUGGCCAAGAUAUUGGAACAGGUUGCUGUAAAGAAAGAACUAAUAGUCGCAUUGGCAAACUCUAACGUCAAAGAGAGCCUUGACAUGUGGUUUACUAACAUCAAACGAGUUGGGAUUUCAAAUUAUUUAGUCAUUGCUUUGGAUGACAGCAUAGAGAACUUCUGCAAGUCCAAGGAUAUCCCAGUUUACCGGCCGGAUCCUGAUGAAGGCAUUGACAGUAUUGGGAAGACUGGUGGAAACCAUGCUGUUUCUGGACUGAAGUUUCGCAUAUUGAGGGAAUUCUUGCAGCUUGGAUACAGUGUUCUACUCUCUGAUAUUGAUAUCAUUUUCUUCCAAAAUCCCUUUGAUCAUCUUUACAGAGAUUCUGAUGUAGAGUCUAUGAGUGAUGGCCACAACAAUAUGACAGCUUAUGGAUUCAAUGAUGUGUUUGAUGAGCCUUCAAUGGGCUGGGCAAGAUAUGCGCAUACAAUGCGUAUAUGGGUUUAUAAUUCUGGAUUCUUUUUCAUAAGGCCAACAAUUCCUUCAAUUGAGCUUUUGGAUAGGGUAGCUGGUCGCCUUUCUCGUGAACCCAAAUCGUGGGACCAAGCAGUUUUCAAUGAGGAGCUGUUUUUUCCCUCACAUCCUGGUUAUGAAGGUCUUCAUGCAUCCAAAAGAACCAUGGAUAUAUACCUCUUUAUGAACAGCAAAGUUCUCUUCAAGACUGUAAGGAAAGACACCCAACUGCGGAAGUUGAAGCCAGUGAUUGUGCAUUUGAACUACCAUCCUGAUAAGACGGAGCGCAUGAAGGCAGUUAUUGAGUUUUAUGUUAACGGGAAACAAAAUGCCCUAGACCGUUUCCCUGAUGGAUCAGGAUGAUAAACAGCAUCUUUUCUGGAACAGAAAAUGACCAUUUUUUGUAUCUAGUCGCCUUGAAACUCUGGAUGAAAGCACAUGUUGUCCAUACAGAAUGCAUUUUCAUUCUGAAUCCAGUAUGGUUGAAAUGUC